GGGAACAGCGCGAGAUAGUGGUUUUCCUCGCUUGUCUGAUAUAUAUAUGCGUUCUGUGUCUGCUGAUUUCGAGGAGUUAUAACAAGUCUUUAAUACAAAACAACACAAACAGCAUAUGGAUGAAAAGGCUCACGCCCCUUUAUAAAUAUUAAUUUGAAAUACUGCUCCUUGGACGCAUUUUUAAGCCAUCCCCCAGUGGCCACAGACAUGGGGAAGGAAUCCGGGACUCAUCCAAGCCGGACUCAGGAACUGCUCCACAGAGUCCUGAAGGCGGUACCCAGAGGGCUCACUGUGGGUCCUUCCCUGGCAAACAGCGGGCAUUUGGGUCUCUGGUGUGUGGGAAACACGCUACAGAAAGGGACCCUCUUGGGUGAAGUGCAUAAUCAGGGAGAACUAGAAGAAUCGAGUCGAAUCGCCGCACACGGAAUGCACAAUGACUCGAGUUACUGGAUGAAGUUUGCUUGCGUUGUGAGCAACAAGGAAGAGCGGAACGUGGCCAUCCACAGUGUCGGCGGGAGGGCUUGUUUCAGGGUCUGUGAAGAUAUACGCCCAGGUACAGAACUUCUCAUUUGUCUGGAGGAGCAGCGGGGGCUUGCUGAGCUGCUGGAGCAGGAAGAGGUUUGUGAAGCAGAGAGCGCAGCGCAAAGCUUACCUGUCGAGAACAACGGCAGCCAAUCAAAGGACGAGACGGCGUCUGAGCAGCGUAUACAGCUUGCAGAUACUAACUCUUCGCAAGGAAGCGAGAAACCAACAACAUCAGAUCUCAACGGACCCUCCGCAGGGAACCACGCAGUUCCAAACACUAUGGAUCCUCAAGCAGAUGGGAAGCAUGUGGACGACACUCCGCGCACUUGUGUCAAAAGGAAGAAAACACACGUCGGCCAAAUGAGAAAGAAGCCCUUGAGAGACCCUGAAAAGAGAAAGACUAAGAGGAGCGGGGAGAGCAACACGCCUAAGCUAAACGCCGAUCGGAUUGUGGGUGAGGGUGAAGCUGGACAUUCGGUGGAGAAAAUGCCCAGCGGCACAGGGGUGCUCGGGGAGAGGGUGUGUGGUGCUGAGCCAACAUCGGCGCCUUCCAGGUCCAGUUCCCGUCUGGCCGCUAAGCCCAGAAAGGUGCACACGCUCGUGAGUCGCAUCCAGAAACGUCUGCAGGAGCGGAAAAUGAGGGUCCUGGAACAGCAGGGGAGCGAGACGAGUCCUGCCACAGGGAGUGAGGGAGGAGCACCGGCGCACGGAGCUGAGAGUGGAAAACAAAGCUCAGACAUUCCCGGAGGUGAAAACGAAGAUCGUCCACCUCCGCAUUCAGCCACACAGGAAAUUGCAGAGGAAGUGCUCCAGGACUUUGAGGUGAGGACGCAGGAAGCCGUGCGAAGCGGCAUCGCGACACUCCUGGACAUCUUCAGCUUUGACGCCAGGGAAAGGAGGUACAAAUGCGAUGAGUGUGACAAGAGCUUCUUCCAGCUGUGCCACUUAAAGAAGCACAAGUUUACACACUCAGACUUCAAGCCGUACCUGUGCACAGAGUGUGGGAAGAACUACAGCUCCCAGGAGAGCUUCCGUGCACAUCUCCUCAUGCACAAGGGCGAGAGGCCGUUCAAGUGCCAGCAGUGCGACAAGAGCUAUGGCCUGAAGCGGGACUUGAAGGAGCACGAGGUCCUCCACACGGGGCAGCGGCCAUUUGUCUGCGACGUCUGCGGCAAGGCCUUCGUCCGGCGACCGUCUCUGCGUAUCCACCGAGAGGCCCACCGUUCCAAGGAGGCCAACGUGAAGGCGACCAAGCCCAAGUGCAACGUGUGCGGGAAGGAGCUGGCGAAUUCGGGCUCGCUCAGGAAUCACAUGCGGCUGCACACGGGCGAGCGGCCCUACCCCUGUCCCCACUGUGGCAAAACCUUCCGGCAGCGGGGGAACCUGCUCGGCCACUUGCGAAUCCACACCGGAGAGAAGCCCUACAAAUGCGACCAUUGCGACCAGCACUUCUCGCAGGUACCCGAGCUGCGGCGCCACCUCAUCUCGCACACCGGAGAAGCCUACCUGUGUCCCGUGUGCGGAAAGGCAUUGCGCGACCCCCACACGCUUCGGGCGCACGAGCGCCUCCACACCGGAGAGCGGCCAUACAAAUGCGAUGUGUGUGGCAAGGGCUACACAUUAGCCACCAAGCUGCGGCGACACCAGAAGUCCCACCUGGAAGAGAAGCCACACAAGUGCACCAUAUGCGGCGCCAGUUACACACUGAUGCAGAGCCUCGUUCGGCACCAGCAGGCGCACCGGCGGAAGGAGGACCAGGCGGCAGGGGAGCAGGCCGAGGCCCAGGAGGACCUGGAGUGCGGUCACCCUGCCCCCGUAAAAGGCCGCCCAAGGAAGGGUGGGCGAAAGGCAAGUGCGAAGACGGGCACGCGGCUCCUGGGGGAGCAGCCGGUGGUGUAUGUGCAGAACCUGGCCCUCAUACCCAGCUCGGACGAGGUGAUUAUCGGCCCCACGAGCCCUUUCCGUGAUGAGGUGCCUCUCACACGCGACCGAGUCAUGCAUGAGAUCGCCGACAACUCCGCAGGUGAGCCGGGCCAGGAGCACAUUCAGCUCAGCGAGGACGUCAUCGAGAUCAUCAUCUCCGACUCGACCAGCAAGUGCAUCAUUGUGGAGGAUCCGACAACACACGGCAACAUGGUCAUUCUGCAGGGGGACGAUGGCCUGAGCUCUGUGGCUGAGACUGUCGAAAUAGAAACAGGGACUUAGUGUGACAGCUGCCCCACUUUUUUUUUUUCCAUUGUAUUUUUUGAUAAAUUUUCUGUCAUGAGAUAAUUUAUUGCUUGAUUACUGGUAGUUAAAAAUUAAAACAGAUGCAUCAGAAAUUCUUAAUGCUAAGUAAAGGCCUAAGAAAUAUGUCUUUGGCGUGAUUUAGUAUUUCAUACCAUCAUUCAAAAUAUACCCCAUAUUUAUUUAUUUAUAAGUUGUCAGCGGUUAUUAGUUAAUAAAAAAAAAUAAUUAUUAAUUAUUGCUGAAGUGGAAGAGCUGAACGUAUGUGUUGUCUGGUGAAAUCGUGCAGUUACUGGGAGAGUUAAAGAUUUCUACAAAUAUUGACAGUUCUGCUCGGUGGACCUUUGUCUCGUCACUGUUUACCAAGAGCUCUUUUCGACUUGUGCUCUUAAAACAGGAAAUUCCACAGGGACACUGCUUUAUGUCGUCAUUCCGUGGUCUAAUGCAGAAUAUGUAAAUUACAGAUGUGUAUUUGGGGAAAUCUUUGUAAACACUGUGAAAAAGCAUUCUUUCUGAACCCAUCUGUUGAGUCCUUAAUAGCACAUUUUUAUUUGUACUGUCCAAUUCAGAGGAAGGAAAAGAUUUUACUGAAACACUAUGAUAAAUUGUCUAACCCUAUACAGUGUCUCAUCCACUUAUGGAAAGAUCAUGAAAAACGAUAAUAAUAAUUGCAGACAAGUAAUAAAACAGUCUGGUGCAGUAUGUAACAUCUUGAGAAAAAUCGUUUCCUCUCUUGGGGAAAAUAUGUGUCUGAUAUUAGUUCAACAGCGUUCUGUUUGAAAGUCCAGCAGUGGGAGGUGUUGUGGUUAAAGACAUGGCCUUCAACUGGUGACCAGUAGGAUCAAAUCCCACUCUGUGCUAUUUCUUUAUACCAUAUAGCAAGGUACUUGGUAGUAAGGUACUCGCUCUGCUUAAUACCCGCAGUAUAUAAAUUGCCAAACUGUGGUUUAAAGUUGCUUUGGGUUUAAGUGUCAGACAAGUAAAAUUGGUAAAUAAAGAUGCAC